AUGGAUGAGGACUUUGACAUGCCAGUGCCGGAGGAGAUGAACGGGGACUUUGAUCUCCCCGACGAGGGUCCCGUUCUCAAGGUCGGUGAGGAGAAGGAGAUCGGCAAGCAGGGCUUGAAGAAGAAGCUCCUCAAGGAAGGUGAAGGUUGGGACACCCCAAAAAAUGGCGACGAGGUUGAAGUUCAUUAUACUGGGACAUUGCUCGACGGGACUCAGUUCGAUUCGAGCCGUGACAGGGGGACUCCAUUCAAGUUCACUCUUGGACAAGGACAAGUGAUUAAGGGAUGGGAUGAAGGUAUUAGAACGAUGAAGAAAGGUGAGGAUGCCCUUUUCACCAUCCCUCCUGAGCUGGCUUAUGGAGAGGCUGGAUCCCCACCAACUAUCCCUCCCAAAGCCACAUUGCAGUUCGAUGUUGAAUUGCUAUCAUGGACCAGUGUCAAUGACAUAUCCAAGGAUGGUGGAAUAAUUAAGAAGAUCUUGAAAGAGGGAGAAAAAUGGGAGAACCCAAAAGACCUCGAUGAAGUUAUAGUUAAUUUUGAGGCUCGGCUUGAUGAUGGAAAAGUUGUUGAAAAAUCUGACAGAGUGGAAUUCACUGUCAAAGAUGGUUACUUCUGUCCUGCGUUGUCAAAGGCUGUUAAAACAAUGAAGAAAGGGGAGAAGGUAUUAUUAACGGUGAAACCACAAUAUGGAUUUGGGGAUAAGGGUAAGCCUGCAUCUGGUUAUGAAGGUGCCGUUCCUCCAAAUGCCACUCUUCACAUCACUUUAGAGUUGUUAUCAUGGAAAACUGUCUCAGAAGUGACAGAUGACAAGAAGGUUAUUAAGAAGAUCCUGAAAGAAGGGGAGGGAUUUGAACGUCCAAAUGAAGGGGCUGUUGUUAAAUUGAAAUUGAUUGGGAAGCUGCAAGAUGGUACGGAAUUUUUGAAGAAAGGUCAUGCUGAAGAAGAAGAGCUGUUCGAGUUUAAGACAGAUGAGGAGGAAGUGAUUGAUGGGCUUGAUAGAGCUGUCCUGACAAUGAAGAAGGGUGAGGUAGCACUCCUGACCAUUGCACCAGAGUAUGCAUUUGGUUCUUCAGAGUCCCCACAGGAGUUGGCUGUGGUACCUCCUAAUUCGACAGUCUACUAUGAGGUUGAGCUCGUAUCUUUUGAAAAGGAUAAGGAAUCAUGGGACAUGAAUACUGAAGAAAAGAUUGAAGCUGCUGGUAAGAAGAAGGAAGAAGGGAAUGCACUGUUUAAGGCGGGUAAAUAUGCAAGAGCUUCCAAGAGAUAUGAAAAGGCUGUCAAGUACAUCGAUUAUGAUACUUCCUUUAGUGAAGAGGACAAAAAACAGUCUAAGGUGUUGAAGGUUGCUUGCAAUCUUAACAAUGCAGCUUGCAAGCUGAAGCUGAAAGAUUAUAAACAGGCUGAAAAGCUGUGUUCCAAGGUGUUGGAAAUCGAGGGUAGAAAUGUGAAGGCCCUGUACAGAAGGGCUCAGGCAUAUAUUCAGCUGGCAGAUUUGGAUUUGGCUGAGCUUGACAUCAAGAAGGCUCUUGAAAUAGACCCCAACAACAGGGAUGUGAAGUUGGAGUACAAGACUUUGAAGGAGAAGAUGAAAGAAUUCAAUAAAAAGGAGGCCAAGUUUUACGGCAACAUGUUUGCCAAAUUGACCAAGUCGGACUCUCCGGAUUCCAAUAAAACAGCGGCUAAAGAUGCUGAACCCGUGAGCAUAGAUAGCAAGGCAUAA